GACAGCUCAAUUGACCGCGUUAAGAAUAUCGGCUCACUACCUUGUUGAUUAAGCUUAAUCCUUCAAAUUGUUGGACACUCCAUUCCCUUCAAUCAUCUACUCAUCAAUUGAAUUUCUCGUAGCAACUAAAAUGGAGCAGCCGUUGCUUUCAGAUGGUAAGAGGGAGAGCGACAGAUGGAGUUCUUACGAGCAUGUGGGGAGAGCGGGCUCCGCCAUUCCGACGGCGUCCCUCGCCGGAAGCGUAGUCAGCGUCGAUGAAAUUCGAUCGGCGUCGGCUUCUUCCGACAUCUAUCCGCCAUCUCUUCAUGCCCCUUUGCUUAGCUCUCCACAACCUCACUAUCCCAGUGAACAAGUGGUUGGUCAUCCUCAAGACGCUUAUGAUGGGCAUUUUAGAAGGAAUAUUAUAGAUGGACAAAGGCAAGUGCUGGAUGAGGUAGAAAUACGAGAACUUCUCUUAGAUCAUGUUGGUCAUCGUUGUUGUUGGGGUAGUCGGCCAGCUCGAAAUUGGAAUAUUCAAGCAGUGGAGGAUUGCAAUGUCUAUGUGGGAACCCUCGAAACUUUUGCUGAAGAUAGGGAAAUAAUAACUGAGAAGGAGCCAUAUCUUGGUGGUGAUACACAUGGAAAAGAUAAGGGUCCUGAAAUUGGAAUAUGGGAACUGGAUCUGAGGUCUGAGUUUCCUCCUCUAUUUAUUCCUGAAAAAGAGUCGAGUGUCGUAGUUCCUCGAUCAGAAGCUGUUGAGAAAUGCUCAGGAUGUGGAGGAAGAGGAGAUGUUGUAUGCUUGACUUGUAAUGCAGAUAAUAAAGAGCCUGGUUUCUACAAGGAGAAUCAUAUGUUUCAGUGCUCUACUUGUCACGGGAGAGGUUUGUUGGCACAUAUGGAUGGAUCUGAUUCAAUAUGUAAAAACUGUAAGGGUAAGGGAAUGUUACCUUGUGCAACAUGUGGAUCUCGAGGAUUGAUCAAAUGUGAGAUGUGUCAAGGUAGCGGCUCUCUUCUGACACGCAAAGUGGCCAUUGUAAAAUGGAAAACCUUGCAAGCAAGAAAAGUGAGUGCGACCAGUGGGGCAGCGUCUGUCCCAGAUGAAGUCUUCCACAGGGCGAAAGGAGUGCAGCUGUGCAAUACACAAGCCCACCAGUGCACCCCAGCCUAUUUUGCGGACUCGUAUUUCCUCAAUAAGUUCUCGUCAGAGGUGAUUGCUGAAAGGGAUCAAGUAUCUCCAACUGCAAGAGUGAUCUGUGAAAGGCAUAUCAUCUCUGUCGUUCCAGUGACUCGAGUAACCAUGGCUCAAAACCGUAGCUCUUUCAGUUUCUAUAUAAUCGGAACCACCAGAGAGGUGUACUUGAAGGACUCGUAUCCUUCGACGUUUUGCUGGGGGGUUUGCCCAUGCCUCGAGUGGCUGAAGCUGUAGUUUAAUGUCUUGGACUGAGCUGGUUUGAUUGAAGUGAAAAAAAUAGUCAGAAGAUCUCAUUAGUAGUUUGGAGUGUGUUAUCAUUAUGCAACGAACAACUUUGGACCUCAUCUCGUUGAGUUUGUUGAUGUCUUGUACUGGUGUCUGUCAGGCUUGUGUUGUUGUCCGUGUCUCUGUGAGGCUCUAGAGUUUUGCCUUUGUUUUGAUCUUUCA